GCCCAACUUUGAAGUCUUUAAGUUUUCUCAACUCUGCGCUCCGUCUCCGGGCGCUCUCCCUCUCCUGCUACUCAAAAAUCGAAACAAAGAGUGAUAUUCGCCAUUGAUUUGGCAUUGUUUUUCAUGAAUUAUUAUUAUCAUUAUUUCUUCAAACUCCUGGUAUAGUUUUGGAAUCAUCAUUUGGAGCCUGGAAUUGCAGACUGAUAGAUAUCUAACUCGAGUCCGUGCGGUUUAAAUCCCAUAAAAUGGAAGAAUUCAAAAACGCUAUACUGCAACCUGGACCGCCUGAAAACUUCGCUCUCCAAACCGUUCAAGAAUUUAUUAAACCUCAGCUUAAAAUCAUUGGUUUAAUGACAGAGGCAAACAAAAUUGGCACAAGAUGAGAAUCAAUUAUUAGAAAAUAUGCUCCGGACUUUACUUCAGGAGCUUGUGGCUUCUGCAGUACAUUCAGGAGAACAGAUAAUGCUAUAUGGGCAAUCAGUUGACGAGGGGGAAAAAUCUCAGGGUCAAAUUCCUCGUCUUUUAGAUGUUGUGCUGCAUCUUUGUGAGAGAGAACAUGUAGAGGGUGGUAUGAUAUUCCAGCUGUUGGAAGACUUGACAGAAAUGUCCACAAUGAAAAAUUGCCAGGAUAUUUUUGGUUAUAUUGAGAGUAAACAAGAUAUACUAGGGAAGCAAGAAUUGUUCGCUCGUGGAAAACUUGUGAUGUUGAGAACGUGUAAUCAACUCCUUCGUCGUCUUUCAAAGGCAAAUGAUGUUGUGUUUUGCGGACGAAUUCUCAUGUUUCUGGCACAUUUUUUUCCAUUGUCUGAGCGUUCAGCGGUGAACAUAAAAGGAGUUUUUAACACAUCAAAUGAGACUAAGUAUGAGAAAGACCCACCUGCAGGCAUUUCUGUUGACUUCAACUUCUACAAAACCUUGUGGAGUUUACAGGAAAACUUUUGCAACCCUGCUCCUCUAACGCUUGCUCCAACUAAGUGGCAUAAAUUUACUUCUAGUUUGAUGGUUGUGUUGAAUACUUUUGAAGCUCAGCCAUUGAGCGAGGAAGAAGGAGAUGCUAACAACUUGGAGGAAGAGGCAGCAACUUUUAACAUAAAAUAUCUCACAAGUAGUAAACUAAUGGGUUUAGAGUUAAAAGAUCCUAGUUUUCGACGCCACAUUCUUGUGCAGUGCCUUAUAUUGUUCGACUAUCUUAAGGCUCCAGGAAAAAAUGAUAAGGAUUCAACAUCUGAAAGCAUGAAAGAAGAUAUAAGAACUUGCGAGGAGCGUGUAAAGAAACUACUUGAAAUGACUCCACCCAAAGGAAAGGAUUUCCUUCAAAAGAUUGAGCAUGUGCUAGAACGGGAAAAGAAUUGGGUGUGUUGGAAACGAGAUGGUUGCCAACCAUUUGAAAAGCAGCCAAUAGAGAACAAAACUAUCCAAGAGGGAAGUAAAAAACGUAAGCCAAGGUGGAGACUGGGGAAUAAAGAACUCUCUCAGUUGUGGAAGUGGGCAGAUCAAAAUCCAAAUGCUUUGACUGAUCCUCAACGUGUCCGAACACCUGCCAUCACAGAAUAUUGGAAACCCUUGGCAGAAGAUAUGGACCCAUCAGCUGGAAUAGAAGCUGAAUAUCACCAUAAAAAUAACCGAGUAUAUUGCUGGAAAGGUCUGCGGUUUUCAGCUAGGCAGGACUUAGAUGGGUUUUCAAGAUUUACUGACCAUGGUAUUGAAGGAGUUGUACCUCUAGAACUUCUGCCACCAGAUGUCCGGUCAAAAUACCAAGCUAAACCUAAUGAUAGGUCUAAACGUGCCAAAAAGGAUGACAUAAAGGGUGGAUCGAAUCAAACAGAAGAGAAUCAGAUUGCAACGCCUGCAAGUGAGAUAGAUGGUGAAGGAAUUAGAGCUGAUGAAGCCGCAGCUGCUCCAAUGGACACUGAUGCAAUGGCUACAGCAGGUAGUACUUCCCAAGGUGGCACUCCAACGCCAGAUGAACGCCAAAGGCAAAGCCCUGAUGCAGAUGAUGGUCAGGAGGCAGGCCAUUUGGAAGCAGACGGUGAAGUAGAGGCUGGGAUGAUCGAUGGAGAGACGGAUGCAGAAGUAGAUUUAGAAGCAAUUAGCUAAACAUGCCAUUUUUGGUUGCAAAAUGAGAGUUCCUUAAAUUGAUUAUCAGUGCAAAAUAUAAUGAACUCAUGAAAGAUGCCAGCAUUGUGUUUCCUAUUCAGAAGACAAGUUUUCUAUGGUUUAAUUAUCUAUGUCCAGGUUUUGCUUA